AUGGUCUCCGAAUCUGAAGCGCUAGAGAUUUAUCGCGACUCGGUCGUUUUCGACGGCUUGAACAUCGCCAACUGGUCAAGAGAAAUUUUCGAAGCCUGGCAAAAGGGCGGAAUCACCGGCGUAUCGUGCACAUGCGGUAUCUGGGAAGGCUUUCGCGGCGCCAUUGCGAACGUGGUGCAGUGGAAAAAGUGGUUCGAGGAGCAUUCCGACCUAAUAGUUCAAGCGCAUUCGGUGCGGGACAUCCGCGAUGCGAAACGCAACGGCAAAACAGCCGUUCUCUUAUCCUGGCAAAACACCGCUGGAAUUGAAGAUCAACUGGACUACCUGCGUGUGUUCCGCGACUUAGGUGUGCGCAAAAUGCAACUCACCUACAACACCCAGAACUACUCUGGGGCAGGGUACACAGAGAUCCGCGAUUCAGGCCUCACUGGGUUCGGUCGACAGGUGGUGGAUGAGAUGGGUCGCUUGGGUAUCGUGGUCGAUUUGUCUCAUGUUGGACCGGUGACUAGCGAAGAUGUCAUCGAGUAUGCGACUAAACCCCCCUGCUUCAGCCAUGUUCUCCCUGGAGGCUUGCUCGAUCACCCGCGAAACAAGUCAAACCACCUUUUGCAACUCAUUGGAAAAAAGGGUGGUUUUGUGGGAAUUAGUCAGUUUGGGCCACAUAUGGCUAAGGGCAAUGAAUCAACAAUCGACGACUAUGUUGCUGCCGUGGACUUUGUGAUCAAUCUGAUUGGAGAGGAUUUGGUCGGGGUUGGCUCGGACGCCAGCGAAGGUCAUGCUCGCCCGAGCGAUUUCAUGGCCUGGUGCAAUCUUGACAAGGGCUACGCGCGUCGCCUUACUCCCUGGGGGAGCCAGACUGUGGUGAAGCCUCUGGGUUCACUGAAUGAACGCCCCGAGCUGGCCAAGGCGAUGGCGGGGGCAGGCUGGUCCAAAUUGAAGAUGCAAAAGGUACUGGGGGAGAACUGGCUGAACUACCUGGAGCGUGUUAUCGGAGAGUAG